UUAUUGUGGGCGUGACUGGUUAAUUUUAACCCUAAAGAUGGCGUCUGAUGUCGAGUCUGUGAGUAGCUCCAUUCAAAGCCACAGAUGGUCAGGAGAUAGCGAAGAAGAGAGGAAACUAUUUCAAGGAGAAGAAGACGAUGAAGAUGAACUAGAGCGAGGCGGAGAGGGAGGGCUAGAGUCGGAAUACAGCUCUACUGAGGAAGAAGUGAAGUCUCUUGAUGGAGCCAGAACGAGAGACAGAGACCAAAACGUGUUUAGUCCCAGCAGCAGUUCCAGUUUAAACUCAUCCUCAUCAGCAGAAGAACCUGGAAAUAUAUUUUCUCAAGAUUCAAACUCCUUCAGUGCAGAAAUCCUCAACCAGGCAUCAAACUUUAUUUCUUCGCCGCCACGCCCAAAAUCACCGGAAGAAUUAAGCUUGAUACCAGCAUCAGACGAUAUUGGACUACCUGAUGAACUGUUCCCUUUCUCUCCUGGAACCCCACCCACUAACAGCCCAAGCACUUUCGAUAUGGGAAGCAUCGAUCAAUCUCCUCUCCCUCCCUCUCCCCCUCUCUCUCCGUCACGAGGAGAGGUUAUUCUAAAUAAAGAGCAGGAGAGGACUGACGAAAAUAAAGGACAAGUAAUUGCCAUGCCCGAUUCUAAGAAACCUUCUAAAAAUAAACGGAGGUGUGAGGAAUGCGUCAACUGUCUCAACAUGACUGACUGUAGAAAAUGUCGUUUUUGUCGUGACAUGAGAAAGUAUGGAGGGAUAGGUAGACUGAGACAAAAGUGUAUCACUAGACAAUGUAUUAAACUAUCACGGGUACUUGCUCAAGAAAUGUCAACGGGAGGGGCUUCAAAAAGUAAAAUAGGCGUGGCUCCAGAAGAAACAUCAUCAAUGACUCUUAGUAUUAUUACACAAUCCUUGAAAGGCGAUAAAACUGAGGCCAUACCCACCAACGAAUCAAAAGUACAGAGUUUUUAUUCUGAUCCGGACCACGGGGUGGCUGCGUCUAAGAAGACUGCACCUACUAAAGCAGCCAAGAAAAUAACAUCAAAGAAACAAUCGUCAAAGAAGCAAUUGACUCAAACGCAGAAAAGAACUAAAAAGAGAACGAAACAGAAAUACACUUAUGAGAGUAGCAGCGGAAGCGAAGGAGAGUUUGUAUACAGGCCUGUCACCAGGAGGACGCGGGCCAAUGACUCGUGGUUCUAUCAACCACCAAAGAGACUGGAGAAGAGACAGUGUCUCGGCCCAGAGUGCAUGUAUGCUGCAAGGAAGUACUCGAAAUAUUGCAGUGAAGAGUGUGGGGUUGAACUAGCUAUGAGGCGGAUAAAGACACAUUUACCAGAAGCAAAGGAGAAAUGGGAUUUAAACGAAGAGCCAAAAGCAUCGGAACAAAACAGGGAAAAGAUAGCAGAAUUAGAGCUAGAACAGACAAAGAUAAAAGACAGAUUAAAGGUGCUUGAUGAACAAACUGAACUUAUCAAUGAUCAUGUGUUAAGAAUGAAAGGCAUCAAGCAACAAGAGAAAGAACUUCAUACUGAUAUCACUGAAUCAGAUGAUUUAACUAUUUACUGUGCAACAUGCAGUAAGCCAAUCAUGCUAAAGAAGGCCCUAGUUCAUAUGGAGAAAUGCUUCAAUAAAGUAGAGGGUAUGGUAUCUUUUGGUUCAAUAGUCAAGAAUGAAGGUAUUAAUAUUUUCUGUGACAAGUACGACAGCUCCCAGGGAACUUACUGUAAGAGGUUGAAGGUUCUUUGUCCUGAGCACACCAAAGAGCCAAAGGUUGCACCACACGAGAUUUGUGGGUGUCCAUUGGAAUCGGAUUUCCCUGGAAAGAAGAAAGUUUGUUCAGUUUUCUGUCGUUCGUUAAAGGAGAGCUGCUCUGUCCAUUACUGCUGGGAGAGGUUGAGGAAAGCUGAGAUUGACCAGGAGAAGCUAAACCUGUAUUUAAAGCUUGAAGAGCUAGGAGAGCAAAUGAGACUAUUACAAUGGCAGCUAAGCUAUAGGAAAUCACUAAUGGCCAUAUUACUUCAUCACACUGUUGACCAUUCAAAAGACAGGAGCACUUUUACUACUAAUGUUCAAUAAAAAUUUAAUUUAUAUUUAGAUACCA